AUGGUGGUUGCGGGUGCUGACGCGCCGUCGCCAGAGCGCGCUGCCGCCUGGUCGGCUGUCGUCGCCAGGCCUCACUCGGGGCCCGAAAAGGCGACCACGGCCUCGAAGCCUCCUGUACCGCCGGCUCCGAAACCCGCGACAACAGACGCUGAAAGGACUCUUCCCCCCGCACCCGCGGCUCCCCUUGGCAUGGGCGAGGCUGGCCCGUCCGCUCCUGUUGUUGCUCCGCCCGCUCCGCCUGCUGCUCCCGUUCCCCCGGCUCCCGUGGUUGCGCUGUCGGGGGCUGCGCCUGCUGGGGAAGCUGCUGAUCCCCAUGUUCCUGCCCCUGGCACUCUCGUUGCACCGGCCGCUUCUGUCCCCGACGUGCCUGCGCCGGUGUCUGCUUCUUCCCCAAAGGCGGCGUCCGCCACCACUGUCGACCCGGCUCCGAUGGUUGCGCCUCCUGGCGCGGACCCGACGGCUCCCGCUCUGCUGCCGGUGGCCCUUGUACUGCAGCCGUCACGCCCCCCGUCGCCGGACCGCCGUCUAUCUCGCCCCCAUUCGCCCGCGCCCCAACAGGAGCGCGAGUCGUCGCGGCGCCGGCGCAACUCUCCCCGGCGCUACCAGCAGCAGGCCCAGUGGCCUGCACACCCUGGUGGCAAUGGGGGCUGGAGGGGCCCCCACGGGCGUGGUGGUGGCGGGAGAUACCGUCCGCCUGUGACACUGGCGGAUCUCCAGCGGGAGGUGUCGCGGGCCGUGCGCGAGGAGAGGGCGGCGCAAAGUCAGAGCAGUUCACUGCGGGCCGCGCCAGCGCCCGUGGCUCCUCGUCAGACUGAGCCUCCUGUGGCUCCUCCGCCAGCUGCUGCAUUUCCUCCUCCUGUCCUCGCCCCAUCGGCUCCUUCUCCUUCUGUCUCGGCGCCUGCUCCCGGCUCUCGUCUGCAUUUGCCACCGGUUCCGCCUGUUGCGGGGGUGGAGUUUGUUGCUGCGGGGGGUGGUGCUGCGGCUCAGCAUUCCCACCACGUUGCUGCUAAUGAGCCGCUGCUGUUUCUGACGGAGGCACUGCAGCCCCCGCAGACGCGUGUUCCAGAGGCGACACUUGGCCAGCUCCACCGUCUCGCGGAGAGCGUCCACGCGUUGCUGCUGAUUCAAGUUCUCGCUCAUUCGUCUCUCCCCGUGAUUCCUCCGGAGACUUUCCGCGGCCGCCAGCGUGACACGUGCUUGGACGCGGCGGACCAGCUCGCGUCGCUGCUGGCGCCCGUGUUGACUGCGCCCGUGGAGGGUGGCGCUGCUGCUGCGGGACAGCUUGACGAGGCUGUCCGGGGCUUGAGGCGGCACUUGCGCGCAGGAUCUGGAGCCGCGGGGAUCGGCGCAAGCACACUUGUGGUGCGUGGGUCCGACGCGGACAACCCACCGCUGACUGACGCGCGUGGCACAGUGGGAUCUGUGGGAGCACCAGCUGUUCCACGGCAGCUGCGACAGAAAGCAUCAACCCCCCUCCUCCUCCCAAUCUAUCUCCCCACGUCUCUCCCAGUCUAUCUCCCCACGUCUCUCCCAGUCUAUCUCCCCACGUCUCUCCCAGUCUAUCUCCCCACGUCUCUCCCAGUCUAUCUCCCCACCUCCCCUCCCUCCUCCCCUCGCGCCUGCCUUCCCCCAAACCAGGCUCGCAGGUGGGUGGGAGAGGACGUGCCGUGCCUCACGGGGGGGACGGACCACGAGAGAUGGAAUGAGGAGGGUGCCUCGCUUGGCUGCGAGUUCCUUUUCUCACACCCACUCCCCAUUUCUCACCCACCCUCACAUGCCCCCCCUCUCCCCCUCGCCCCUCCCAUCCCAGCCACCAGCACAGGCGGGUCAUGGGAUUGCUACUUCUUUCCCCUAGUGAACCGCGACUGUGAGCGCGUGGUAUCAGAUAUGAUUGCCAGCAGCACCAUGCCCCCUCUCUCUUCCGACACAAAGGGCCACGAUCGCCUGGCGGCCUCGGCCCACCCUGUGGUGUUUCUCAAUGCGAGCUGCCACAGCCAGAUGGCUUUCGAGCUAUGGGGCGUGAUGGGGCAAUGUGAUGGGGCGAUGGGAUGGGGCGAUGUGAUGCGGCGAGUGAGGGCCCUCCUCCAGACCACACCCCGCCCCAUAACCUCCCUCUUACCGCCUCCCUCUCCCCUUCCCUCCUCUCCUCUCCCUCUCCCCCUCUCCCUCCCUUCCCCCCCCUUACUCCUCCCCUCGUUGCCCACACUCCCUCUACCCCUCCCCUCCUCGCUCACAUUCUGCGGUCACCUGGCGAUCCCAGUCAACUCGCUUCAUGAUGCGCUGGCCCUCGCCUCCCUCUCUCCCUCCCUUUACCCUUCCCCCUACCCCUCUGCCUACCCCUACCCCUCCGCCUACCCCUACCCCUCCGCCUACCCAUCCCCCUACCGCUCCCCUCCUCACCUGGCAUGUGCACUGGUGGCGAUCCCAGUCGUGGAUGCCAAGGCGAUAAGGGAGACGUAUGCAGCGGUAGGAGGGGAGCCGUUUGUGAUGCGGCCGAUCGUGAGUGUGCACGUGCGGCAGAGCAACAAGGGGACUCAGAUGCGUCUGUCGCCGCUCGCCACAUACAUGUUCUUUGUGCACCGGCUGCGGCGUCACGUGCCGGACCUGCGACACGUGUGGCUCAACACAAAUAUGGAGGUGCGUGUGGCUCAACACAGAGAUGGAGGUGCGUGUGGCUCAACACAGAUAUGGAGUCAGUGGUCAGCCUUGUAUGUCGAGUGGAAGUUCCUCCACUCCUCCAACUCGCCCCAGCCGAUGGAUUCCAGGUCGAGCCGCAAGUAUGAGACGUCUCAACUGGAGGAUUUUUCUUUGGAGUCGUCUCAAAAGCUUCCUUCCUUCCUUCUCUCCCACCCGCUCUACAGUCUGUGA